GAAUGUGCCUGCGUUGCGCAGGAAACGGGGUCUCGCGAGUGGGACCGCUAUUUUCGAGCCCCACUUCUCCGCCUUGUGUGUGAGGUGGAUCACGUUGAGCCUCGUUAACGGACCUUCGUGGCCAAGUUUUACUGUUUAAAACGUGUGGAUCCGGUUAACGUUCCUCGGAGCCUUGGACACCGUCGUGGAUGUGCUUAACCGUUAGAGCUGUUUGUCUCGAGCUACAGUUGACGUUAGACAGAAUUAAGCUAACUGGCUCGGUUCAGUGAAGUAGGUUUGGUAAUAUUAUCGUUUUAUUUAUUUAUUUAAAAAAAAAAAAACAACUUUUAUAGUUUCUUUGCUGCGAAAGGGGGAUCCAGCCUGAAGAUGUCUGUUGCGGGCUUGAAGAAGCAGUUUUACAAAGCCAGUCAGAUGGUGAGCGAGAAGGUCGGAGGAGCAGAGGGAACCAAACUUGACGAAGAAUUCCGGGACCUGGAGCGGAAGGUGGAUGUGACGAGUAAGGCGGUGGUAGAGGUGAUCUCCAAAACCUCGGAGUACCUGCAGCCCAACCCUGCGUCACGUGCCAAGCUGUCCAUGCUGAACACCAUGUCUAAGAUCCGUGGGCAGGUGAAGAGCCCCGGAUACCCCCAGGUCGAGGGGCUUCUGGGGGAGUGCAUGGCCAAAUACGGUCGAGAGCUGGGGGAAGACACCAACUUCGGCGCCGCCCUGGUGGACGCAGGGGACAGCAUGAAGAGGCUGGCCGAGGUGAAGGACUCUCUGGACAUCGACGUCAAGCAGAACUUCAUUGACCCGCUCCAAGGCUUGUGUGACAAGGACCUGAGGGAGAUACAGCACCACCUAAAGAAGCUGGAAGGCCGGCGGCUGGAUUACGACUACAAGAAGAAGCGGCAGGGGAAGAUUCCGGAUGAGGAGCUGAAGCAGGCCCUGGAGAAAUUCCACGAGUCCAAAGAAGUAGCUGAGAUCAGCAUGUACAACCUGCUAGAGACAGAUAUCGAGCAGGUGACUCAGCUCUCCUCUCUGGUGGAGUCUCAGCUGCAUUAUCACAGGCAGGCUGUGCAGAUCCUCGAGGAGCUCGCAGACAAACUCAAAGACAGGAUCAACGAGUCAAAGUCUCGUCCUCGCAGAGAGUAUGUCCCUAAACCCAAACCUGUCUUUGAUUUCGGGGAGCCCAACGACCAAUCAAACGGCGGCUUCACGCCAGCUCCCCCGUCAACUCGUACCUCAGAACCGUACCACAGGCUUGGCAAGUCAACCCGGAAACCCAGACUGACUCCCUCAGAGCCACCCUGCUGUAAGGCUCUAUAUGACUUUGAGCCUGAAAAUGAUGGUGAACUGGGCUUUCGUGAAGGUGAUGUCAUCACCCUGACCAAUCAGAUCGAUGAGAACUGGUAUGAGGGCAUGCUGCACGGCCAAUCAGGAUUCUUCCCUCUCAACUAUGUGGAGGUGAUCGUCCCGCUGCCUCACUAGAAGCCGAUCACCAGUGGGGGGGGGUGGGAGGAGGAGCAGGAAGGGGAGGAGCAAAAGAAUCAGAGCGAGUCGACUCGCUCUUCCUCCUCACCUGUGUGCAACGGUCCAGUUGUAGCACAUACACCUGUGUUCUGGCACUUUGACCCUAAGACAUUCUGAAAGAAACUUUGCAAGACGGUGACCUCUUACAUUCCAGAAGAAGAAAGAAAUGAGCGAUUUCACACGAAGACAGAUGUACGUAUGGACAGACGGACUCCUCGACUGAGACGGACGGCCCUGGACCUCAUAGACCUGGACGCAGACUAACAUUACAGUCGCCACGCCUUUAUAAACCACAGAUUACAUUAAUCAGACAGACCUCCGAUGUUAAAAGAACAGAAUUUUCCACUGUCAUAGUUGUUUUACUUCUCUUUAUUCUUAAAGGUGCACUACAUGGAAUAUUUCAGGAAUAUGUAAUGAAUAUUAGUUAUUAUCAGUACUAAGUAUGGAGAGAAGGGCAAAUAGCAGCACAAACAGAGGUAGAGAGUGAAUGAAGCCACACAAUGAUGUUACUUAGUGUGUCUUUAAGGGCUGGAUUCAAUUCCAAGAUCAAAACCUGGCCCAGUGUGGGGAAACUCCAGUACACUUGAUACUAGGCAGUUUAAAUAAAUAAAUAAACAAAUUUGACUGAACUGGUCCCGACUGCCCCUGCUGGUCAGGCUGGGAUAUGAACCUGCAUUUGAACAAGCUUCUGUUUUGGACGUUGUAACUUGGCACUGUGGGCUGUGUGUACAGUCACUCAGUGUGUAGCGUUCCUGAGCCACACAUGUACAGGAGCUUCAGUCCUUUAUACUUAAUCCCUUAAUCCCCCUCCUUAAAACAUGAAUUUGUAUUUGCUUUUGAUUGUUUUAACAUAGUGAUGUAUAACGUUUUACUGCAUCUUGGUCCCCAAGCCUUAAAAUGACAGGAGGGAUUAUAGUUGGUUGAUUUCCUUACAUUGUUGUCUUUACGAUGUUUGAACACUACGACUCAAAUGAAACACUAGUGCCCCUUCUUCCGUUGGUAAGUUUAACCCAGUGGGUCAUUAAUGAUAACAUAUUAAUUAAUAUCCAUGAUGAUGAUGAUGAUGAUUUGGACUGAAGGUAGGAUGUGUCCUCCCCAGCCCUUUUUAUCAGUUGUCUUUGCACCUGCUCUUACAAGAAAACAACCAAAAACUCUACUGACCGUAGCGGACGUACUCAGCCUAGAGGCCCAGUACGAAUUCCUGCCACAAUAUUGUCUCCUUCACCGUUCUCGGUUCUUACCCCAACCCCGUCUUUGUAGCCGAUACUGCUGGCAGUGUCCUGUUGUUUCCUGUUCUUUGUCUUGGGCACACAUGCACGCACUCACACAGACCUAUGAGAUGAUCCCGCUCCCCUGCUGCGGCCCGGGGCCGUACCCACGCUAUCCUAAAAGGAUGAAGCGUUUCCACACAUGGAGGACUGGUGCUCCGUCUCUCUCCACCAGUGUCCCGGAGGACAUGGCCUCUGGUAAGGCAUGUGACUUGAGUGUUUUUGUUCCUUCACAGCCAACCAGCCCCCACAGCAAAGGAGAGUCUCUUCUCCAGAUACGUCUCCUGUGUGAUACUCUUCCACUUUCAUCACCUACAACCCUUUAGGACUGAAGAUAUUUACACACACACACACACACACACACAGCUUUCUUCCUGUGUGCCCUGUUUCUUUGCAGUGAUGGACUGACAAAUCCACACGUCUGUCCCUGCUCCGUCUGUUCACUGGCUUUCCCUCGUCAGCCUUUUCCUCUGCAUCCUGUUUACGUUGCCUCUGUGUGUGUCCCCUUGUCCUUGCAUGGUUGUGUGCAGGCGUUAGCCACGGGUUAGGGCUUUGCUUCACUUGCUCGAAGGGGCUGUGGAGAUGGUAAGGAAGUGAAGUCUGUAUACCAAAGUUGAGCCCUUCAUUCUCUUUCAUUUUCCUUUUCUUCUCCAUGUUGUACAAAGGGCUUCCGGCUUCGGCAAAAGUUGUGUGCAGAAGCACAAGCAUGUGCAUGUACGUGUGCCUUCGCAGUAACACUACAUUUUAAAAAAGGGUCAUUCCUGUCCGAUCCAUUAGAGUGCCAGAAUCCUUUCACAGACAAAAAUAAUUCUGGUGAUCUUUAGUAUUAUACUAUUUUUAUAUGUCUACAAGAACCAUACAUAUUUUUUAAUUAAUUGUUUGCAUGUUAGCUUUAUAUGAUGGCUUGUUAAUGUAUUGGAAAAAUACUGGUUUGUCUUGAAGGAAAAAAAACUAACCAUAGCAUCCUGUUCAUAAAUAUCCUGUUUUCCUAAAGAUUUGUACUUGCUUUCUCCCCGUCUUUUAAGAAAAUAAAAUUCUGAAAGUGUUA